AUGAUUGAGAGUUUUGCCUUCAGAUUAUGCUGGGAAAGAUUUGGCUGGAAUGUCCAAAAGUCGCAGGAGUUGCUUCUGCCUGUCCUGAAAGAGUACAACAAACGCGAGACUCAACUGCGGUUGGAAGCAUUUUACACUUUCAACGAGAGAUUUGCUAAGAUUCGAAGCAAGAGAAUCAAGAAAGCUGUAAAAGGAAUUACUGGAAAAUCAAGUUCAACCGUAUUGGAUGAUGUCCCAGAAGAAGCCCCUGAAUUGACUAAGAAAAGAAGAGCGACUCCUGCUGAGUCUGAACUUAAGUCAGCAGAAGGAUCUAUUCUUAGUAGCGACCACAAUCUUUCCGGAAAAUCAACGACUAAGAGAUCUAAGAAAGCAAGUACCACUGCGAAGGAUAUCUCAUCUGAAAAGGAGGAAUCAGGGCAAGAGUUAUUGUCAGGAAACAGGCAGCAGACUGCAGAAGGCUCAAACAAGGGUGGGAGAGGUAGGGGUAGUGGUGGAAGGAAAGGGAAAGGAAUAGGAAGUGGGAGGGGAAGGGGGAGGAGAUCUCGAGGUUUGGAACCAUCUGGACAGAGUUCUGGGGACACUGAGAGCAGCAGUGAAGAACACGAGGAUCAGAUUCAGAACUCAAAGAGGCCAAAUGAAGUGCGACGGUCGAAACGGUUGAGACAUCCUGUUAGUUAUACAUCCGACCUGGAAAUGGAUGACGUGAUCAAUUCAGUAGACCCAGAUGGUAAAGAAGAGGCAGCAGGAGAAGCUAAAGCGCAUCCAGGAAAUGCUGACUCGAGUCCUGCUGUUAGAGAACCACAAAUUCUGGAAGACGAUUUAUUAGUGCAGAUGGAUACAACACCUAGGGAGGAUCUCGAAACAGGAGGUGGUUUCUGCAUGGAUGAAGGUGAAGCUGGUAACCCCGAGGGUGGCAUUAGCAUUAAUCCUUCUGAAAGCAACGCUUCGAAAGAUUACUUAGAGAGUGGAGGUGGGUUUUGUGUGGAUGAAAGUGAUGCACACAACAAUCAAGCUGAUGUCGUCAGCCUGUCUCCACCCCUCGAGGAAGAUUCCACCGAGAAGCCUCGUCAUGGUGGUUUGAUGAAUGAGGUCAAGUUUGCUGCUUUUUCAUCACUGAAUGCUGUGAAUGAAAGCGCAGCCGAUAAGGAUCCACGCACUGAGACAUUGAGAACUACAGAAACUGAUGAUCAUCUGCAGUCCGGCAGCUCAUCUAUUCCUGAUAGCAUUGUAGAUGAUACCUUGGCUCCUGAAGCAGGAGGAGGCCUUGGCGAUUCCCUCCAAGUUUCCAUUGCUCCUCCUCCCGGCUCCCUCCAUCAUAAUCUACUCAAGACUCGCAGUUUGCAACCAGGAUUGCAUGCUGCUACACCUGCUACAGCUAUACCUGACCACAGCUUGAUCAAUGGCCUCCCAUUGAAGAUCGAUUGUGGCAGGGUUGUGGAUGCAGAUGCUACAGUUUCAACUGGCUUUAAAGACUGGAAGAAGUGGCGUUUGGUUGUUUCUUAUGAUGGGACCCGGUAUGCUGGCUGGCAGUUUCAGGAAUCCCCUCCUACUAUACAGGGGUUACUAGAAAAAGCCCUGACUCGAGCGACCAAGCUGGAGAGGAAACAUCUUCAAGUUGUCGGAGCGAGCAGGACUGAUGCUGGAGUUCAUGCUUUGGGCCAGGUCGCACAGUUCCUCACUCCUUUCAACUACGACUCCUUGGACCGUGUUCACGCAGCUCUCAACGGUCUACUACCCGAAGACAUUCGAGUACGAGAGGUUGCACCGGCUCUGCCUGAAUUCCAUGCUCGAUUCUCCGUCACCAGCAAGCUCUAUCGCUACAGGAUCUAUAAUGAUGCGGUGAUGGACCCACUCCUGCGCCACUAUGCCCACCACAGCCAUUACAAACUCGAUACAGCUGUGAUGGCGGAAGCUGCCACGCAUUUUGGGCCACUGAUCCAGCUGGAUGUUGAAGGCACCGGUUUCUUGUACAGACAAGUGCGCAACAUGGUUGCUUUGCUGCUGCAAAUAGGAAAGCAAGCCAUCCCUCCUGAUAUAGUACCAGUAAUCUUGGUGAGUCGUGAUCGCAGGGAGCUCGCCAAGUAUGCUCUGGCGGCCCCACCUCAUGGUCUCUGCCUUGUCUCUGUCAAUUACAACCAAGAUCACCUCCAGCUUCCCAAACUGAGAUCCCCUGCAGUUAGCUUUGGCAGACAUCACACUAUCAGCAGAUGUAAGCUCCCGCCAUCACUUCUGUAG